AUGAAACGAGCUCUUGUGUCCUUAGUUCGUCAACGAGCACUUGCUCGUAGUGCUGAAUCAGCAAAAUUUCUCGGAUGUAAUCAUGUUUUUGCUGCAUCAUCAUCUCGAUUCAUGUCAACAACAUCAACACUCAAUGCUGCCCAUUCAGCACAAUCAACACCAGAAGUUUCCUCCAUUCUUGAACAAAAAAUUCUUGGCUAUCAAUCAAAACAAGAUCUCGAAGAAACGGGACGAGUCUUGACUAUUGGUGAUGGUAUUGCUCGUGUUUAUGGCUUAAAAAAUAUUCAAGCCGAAGAGAUGGUGGAAUUUUCUAGUGGCUUAAAGGGUAUGGCACUUAACUUGGAAGCUGAUAAUGUUGGUGUUGUCGUUUUUGGUAACGAUCGAUUGAUUAAAGAAGGUGAUAUUGUUAAACGAACAGGUGCCAUCGUCGAUGUACCCACUGGUGAUGAAUUACUUGGCCGAGUUGUUGAUGCUCUUGGUAAUCCAAUUGACGGCAAGGGUCCAUUGAAUACAAAAAAACGAGCUCGUGUUGGUAUUAAAGCACCCGGUAUUAUUCCACGUAUUUCCGUACGUGAACCUAUGCAAACGGGUAUGAAAGCUGUCGACAGUUUAGUACCCAUUGGUCGUGGUCAACGUGAGUUGAUUAUUGGCGAUCGUCAAACUGGCAAAACAGCUGUUGCUAUUGAUACAAUCAUUAAUCAAAAGCGUUUUAAUGAGGCCGGAGAUGAAAAGAAAAAACUUUACUGUAUUUAUGUUGCUAUUGGACAAAAACGUUCGACUGUCGCUCAACUCGUCAAACGACUUACUGAUGCCGACGCCAUGAAAUAUUCAGUUAUUGUUGCUGCUACGGCCUCUGAUGCAGCUCCAUUACAAUAUUUAGCACCCUAUUCUGGUUGUGCUAUGGGUGAACAUUUUCGCGAUACAGGUCGACAUGCCUUAAUCAUUUAUGAUGAUCUUUCCAAACAAGCUGUUGCUUAUCGUCAAAUGUCUUUAUUGUUACGUCGUCCACCAGGCCGUGAAGCUUAUCCAGGUGAUGUCUUCUAUCUUCACAGUCGUUUACUUGAACGUGCUGCUAAAAUGAAUGACAGUCAUGGCGGUGGUUCAUUGACAGCUUUACCUAUUAUUGAAACACAAGCUGGUGAUGUAUCGGCUUAUAUCCCAACCAAUGUCAUUUCAAUUACAGAUGGUCAAAUCUUUUUAGAAACUGAAUUAUUUUACAAAGGUAUUCGACCAGCUAUUAACGUAGGUCUAUCAGUAUCACGUGUCGGUAGUGCUGCCCAAACAAAAGCUAUGAAACAAGUGUCAGGCAAAAUGAAACUCGAAUUAGCUCAGUACCGUGAAGUCGCUGCUUUUGCCCAAUUUGGUUCAGAUCUUGAUGCAGCUACACAAUCAUUACUUAACCGUGGUGUUCGUCUCACUGAAUUACUUAAACAAGGACAAUAUGUACCAAUGGCUAUUGAAGAACAAGUCUGUGUAAUCUAUGCUGGUGUCCGUGGUCAUUUGGAUAAACUUGAUCCAUCGAAAAUUACCAAAUUCGAACAAGCCUUCUUACAACAUUUGAAAGGACAACAUAAAGAUAUUCUUGAAUCAGUUCGUUCCAAGAAUGAAAUUACUGCUGAAACGGAUGCUAAACUUAAAGAAAUUGUUCAAAAUUUUGUUGCUUCAUUCAAGGCCUAA